AUGGCAAAUGUCUGUGCCAUCCCCCUACUGCAGCCCUGUGCCAUCCCCACACUGCAGCCCUGUGCCAUCCCCACACUGCAGCCCUGUGCCAUCCCCACACUGCAGCCCUGUGCCAUCCCCACACUGCAGCCCUGUGCCAUCCCCACACUGCAGCCCUGUGCCAUCCCCACACUGCAGCCCUGUGCCAUCCCCACACUGCAGCCCUGUGCCAUCCCCACACUGCAGCCCUGUGCCAUCCCCACACUGCAGCCCUGUGCCAUCCCCCUACUGCAGCCCUGUGCCAUCCCCACACUGCAGCCCUGUGCCAUCCCCACACUGCAGCCCUGUGCCAUCCCCACACUGCAGCCCUGUGCCAUCCGCACACUGCAGCCCUGUGCCAUCCCCACACUGCAGCCCUGUGCCAUCCCCAUUCUGUAG